AUGGAUCAGUGUGAGGACAGAGAGGAGGGAGUCCCUCCCUCUAAAUCCACUCUGUGUGGGGAACAUGAGAGCCAGACCAAAGCUCAGAGGAACCAACCUGAACCUGAACCUGAACCUGAACCUGAACCCAGCUGUGUGUCCUUGAACAGUGACCAGUCAAAGGAGUUAAUUGGUGUUAACUACAACAAAGAAUUAUGUUCUGGCUCAGAAAGAGUGGAUCAGGAGAGCUCAGAGGUUCCCAGUGGUCAGUCUGCCCAACAGCAUCAAACACAGCUGGACUCCGUAUUUGUGCGGCUGGAGGACGACAUUGUCAGCUUUGUGAAGAGUGAACUGAAGAAAAUCAAGAAGGUUCUGAGUCGAGAUUACCCACAAUGCUUAGAGAGUCACAGGCAGGAUGAGGAGGUUUUGGAAAAUGAUGAUGAAGAAGAGGAGAGAAGGAGCAAUAGCGAUGCAUUUGUGAAGAUCACACUGCACUUCCUGAAAAGAAUGAAGGAGGUGGAACUGGCUGAACAUCUGCAGAGCAAACUGCCCAUUAUGUGCCAGAAGAAACUCAAAUCUGCUCUGAAGAAGAAGUUCCAGUGUGUGUUUGAGGGUGUUGCUAAAGCAGGAAACCCAACCCUUCUGAAUCAGAUCUACACAGAGCUCUACAUCACAGAGGGAGGGACUGCAGAGGUCAAUGAUGAACAUGAGGUCAGACAGAUUGAAACAGCAUCCAGGAAACCAGACAGACCAGAAACACCAAUCAGAAAAGAAGACAUCUUUAAAGGCUCACCUGGAAGAGAUGAACCAAUCAGAACAGUGCUGACAAAGGGAGUGGCUGGCAUUGGGAAAACAGUCUUAACACAGAAGUUCACUCUGGACUGGGCUGAAGACAAAGCCAACCAGGACAUCCAGUUCAUGUUUCCAUUCACUUUCAGAGAGCUGAAUGUGCUGAAAGAGAAAAAGUUCAGCUUGGUGGAACUUGUUCAUCACUUCUUUACUGAAACCAAAGAAGCAGGAAUCUGCAGCUUUGAAGACUUCCAGGUUGUGUUCAUCUUUGAUGGUCUGGAUGAGUGUCGACUUCCUCUGGACUUCCACAACACUGAGAUCCUGACUGACCCUAGAAAGUCCACCUCUGUCGAUAUGAUACUGACAAACCUCAUAAAGAGGAACCUGCUUCCCUCUGCUCGUUUCUGGAUAACUACACGACCUGCAGCAGCCAAUCAGAUCCCUCCUAAGUGGGUUGACAUGGUGACAGAGGUCAGAGGAUUCACUGACCCACAGAAGGAGGAGUACUUCAGGAAGAGAUUCAGAGAUGAGGAGCAGGCCAGCAGGAUCAUCUCCCACAUCAAGACAUCACGAAGCCUCCACAUCAUGUGCCACAUCCCAGUCUUCUGCUGGAUCACUGCUACAGUUCUGGAGGAUGUGCUGAAAACCAGAGAGAGAGGAGAGCUGCCCAAGACCCUGACUGAGAUGUACAUCCACUUCCUGGUGGUUCAGGCCAAAGUAAAAAAGAUCAAGUAUGAUGGAGGAGCUGAGACAGAUCCACACUGGAGUCCAGAGAGCAGGGAGAUGAUUGAGUCUCUGGGAAAACUGGCUUUUGAUCAGCUGCAGAAAGGAAACCUGAUCUUCUAUGAAUCGGACCUGACAGAGUGUGGCAUCGAUAUCAGAGCAGCCUCAGUGUACUCAGGAGUGUUCACACAGAUCUUUAAAGAGGAGAGAGGGCUGUACCAGGACAAGGUGUUCUGCUUCAUCCAUCUGAGUGUUCAGGAGUUUCUGGCUGCUCUUCAUGUUCAUCUGACCUUCAUCAACUCUGGAGUCAAUCUGCUGGAAGAACAACAAACAACCUCCCAGACAGAGAAACACCUCUACCAGAGUGCUGUGAACAAGGCCUUACAGAGUCCAAAUGGACACCUGGACUUGUUCCUGCGCUUCCUCCUGGGUCUUUCACUGCAGACCAAUCAGACUCUCCUGCAAGGCCUGGUGAAGCAAACAGGAAGUAGCCCACAGGCCAAUCCCAAAACAAAACACUACAUCAAGAAGAAGCUCAAUGAGAAUCUGUCUGCAGAGAAAAGCAUCAACCUGUUCCACUGUCUGAAUGAACUGAAUGAUCAUUCUCUAGUGGAGGAGAUCCAACAGUCCCUGAGUUCAGGAAGUCUCUCCACUGAUAAACUGUCUCCUGCUCAGUGGUCAGCUCUGGUCUUCAUCUUACUGUCAUCAGGAAAAGAUCUGGAUGUGUUUGACCUGAAGAAAUACUCUGCUACAGAGGAGGCUCUGAUGAGGCUGCUGCCGGUAGUUAAAACUGCCAGUAAAGCUCUAAUGAACAGCUGUAACCUCUCAGAGAGAAGCUGUGAAGCUCUGUCUUCAGCUCCCAGUUUUCACUCCUCUAGUCUGAGAGAGCUGGACCUGAGUAACAAUGAUCUGAGAGACUCAGGAGUGAAAGUGUUGUCUUCUGGACUGGAAAAUCUACACUCACAACUGGACACGCUCAGACUGACCGGCUGUAACCUCUCAGAGAGAAGCUGUGAAGCUCUUUCCUCAGUUCUCAGGUCUCAGUCCUGCAGACUGAGAGAGCUGGACCUGAGUGACAAUGAUCUGAAUGACUCAGGAGUGGAAGUGUUGUGUUGUGGAUUGAAAACUGUGAACUGUGAACUGGAAACACUGAGGCUGUCAGGCUGCCUGAUCACAGAAGAAGGUUGUAAGUCUCUGGUCUCAGCUUUGAGCUCCAACCCCUCCCAUCUGAGAGAGCUGGACCUGAGCUACAACCAUCCAGAAGAGGCAGGAGUGAAGCUGCUGGAGCAGCUGAGACUGGAAACUCUCAGGGUGGAGCCUGCUGGAGUCCGAUGGCUGAUCCCAGGUCUGAGGAAGUAUUCCUGUCAACUCACAAUCAACACAAACACAGUGAACAGAAAACUACAACUGUCUGACAACAACAGGAAGGUGACACAUGUGGAGGAGGUUCAGUCAUAUCCUGAUCAUCCAGACAGAUUUGAUGACCGGUGGCCUCAGCUGCUAUGUAGAGAUGGUCUGACUGGUCGCUGUUACUGGGAGGUCGAGUGGAGUGGACUGGUUGAUAUAUCAGUGAGUUACAGAAGAAUCAAAAGGAAAGGAGAUGGUUAUGACUGUUUGGUUGGAAGGAAUGAUCAGUCCUGGAGUCUGUGGUGCUCUCAUUAUGAUGGUCGUUACUUUUUCUGUCACAAAGACAAAAAAACAUCCAUCUCCUCCUCCUCCUCCUCCUCCUCUGUCUCUAACAGAGUAGCAGUGUAUGUGGACUGUCCUGCUGGCACUCUGUCCUUCUACAGAGUCUCCUCUGACACUCUGAUCCACCUCCACACCUUCAACACCACAUUCACUGAACCUCUUUAUCCUGGGUUUGGAUUCUGGCUUGGUCAGUCUGGUGCCUCAAUGUCUCUGUGCUGA